UGCCUACUCGGUCAUGAAAAGUUGUAGUUAUCCGAACCAAUCCCGCAUGAAGGAAAAUAGAGAAAUUACGCAAACCGAGGCGCUCCAUCAUGGCUUACUACGAGUCAACAGACGCUUCCCGCUUCGGCGGUGUCGCGCCAAGAGGGAAUCAGGAUCUUGAAAGAUACGUGGACUCUAUUCUUCCGGAGACAUUCAGACCCAGUUUCGGGGAAGACCUAGACGCCAGGCGGUCUUUGGACCUGGACUUGGGAGCAGCAAGUCUAUGGCCUGACGACUCCCGCGAUAGCCUGGAUGCUUGCCUGGACUUCAGCGGAAACAACGUAGCAGGUUUCUCAUCGGAUGUGUCUUAUAAUGACCAGGGUCAUUCGAGUUUGUGUGAUGUUUUGGGAGAAGAAGCAGCUGGAGGCCUUAACCUGUUCGAUGGCCCUCUGUCGCUGGAUUCCGACCAACGCCUUCGGGACUCGCGAAGCUCCUUGGGUGCCACUUCGCCUUGUUCCGGCAGAAAGGGAUACCGACACAGACACACGAGAAAAUACCUUCGAGACGAGCGCCUCCAGAAGGAGCGGAACCGCGAACUCAACAACGAGGCGUCUGUCCUGUACCGGGAGAGGCAGCGGGCGACUACCUCCAAGAAGGAAAAGCAGCUGCAACACUUGCAACAGGAAAACGAUCAGCUUUGCAAAAAAAUGGAACUCCUGACCAUGCAGAGUGACUGGUGCCACGACGUUUAUGUGAAGUAUAACAGUUAUUUUCCAAAUCCAUUCGAAGAGGCCUCACAGGACUAUGGAACUCGUUAUAAUGCAUAAGAUCUUUAUAAAUAUCAAGAGUUUUUCUUUGUCAUAUGAUUACUUAGGCUAAAGAUAUUAAACAAUUAUUUUCUGUUCUAUUUAA